GGGGCGGCAGUCGUACUACAAUAGCAGCCAGCAGGCUUACAGCAGCAUCCAGCAUCAGGACCGCUGCACUGCUGCGGGGCUGUCCCCCGGUGACCUGGCAGACGUGCUGUGGGCGCUGGCGGAGCUGCAGCUGCAGGUGCCGAUAGCCUGGUUGGACGAGGCCCUACGUGCGCUGACGUACACCCCGUCGCCAGCAGCUGCUGCCGCAGCACCAGGAGCAGCAGCACCACCAGCAGCAGCAGCACCAGCAUUAGCUGCAGCAGCAGUAGCACCAGCAGUAUCGGUCAGGGGGGCAGCACAAGCAGAGCAAUGCGAGGCGGGCAGGAGUGCUCCCGCGCUACUUACCCGCAGUAGCAGCUCCGGCGGCGUUUUAGGCAGCAGUAGCAGCAGCGACGGUGACACUGGCAGCGGCGACGGCGGCGGCAGUAGCAGCGGGGCCGGUGGCGGCUUGGCGGCGCUGACGGGGGUUCAGCUGACCAGCGUGGCCU